AUGACGCAAUUUGCAUCAUUCUUUCAGGAUGCUAUGUGGCGCUCUGGGUUGUACUGUGAGCACUAUGGCGCCUAUGAUCAGGAUCAGGAUCAGGAUCAGGAUCAGGAUCAGGAUCACGAUCAGGAUCAGGAUCAGGAUCAGGAUCAGGAUCAGGAUCAGGAUCAGGAUCAGGAUCAGGAUCAGGAUCAGGAUCAGGAUCAGGAUCAGGAUCAGGAUCAGGAUCAGGAUCAGGAUCAGGAUCAGGAUCAGGAUCAGGAUCAGGAUCAGGAUCAGGAUCAGGAUCAGGAUCAGGAUCAGGAUCAGGAUCAGGAUCAGGAUCAGGAUCAGGAUCAGGAUCAGGAUCAGGACCAGGACCAGGAUCAGGAUCAGGAUCAGGAUCAGGAUCAGGAUCAGGAUCAGGAUCAGGAUCAGGAUCAGGAUCAGGAUCAGGAUCAGGAUCAGGAUCAGGAUCAGGAUCAGGAUCAGGAUUAG